AUGAGGAAGAGGAAGACCAGCAACAAGACCGGCAAGCCCCAGGACGAGGGUGCCGAACAGGGGAAGGGCGCGAGUGGCUCAUCAACGCCCAAGGUGGAGAAGCUCGACAUCGCGGCGCUCCUCGACGAAACCAAGACCAAGAUCAACUCCAUCUACCGGUACGUCGACGUGCCCCGGGAGAUAUUCUCCACGCCCAUGGUGGUAUUUCUGGGCAACCACUCCAGCGGCAAGAGCACCUUCAUCAACCACCUCCUCAACGAGCCCGACCUCCAGACGGCCGGCCAGGCGCCGAUGGACGACGGGUUCACGCUGAUCUGCCACGGCAACUCGCGGGACGAGCAGCUGGGUCCGGCGAUCGUGAACAACACGAAGCUGCCCUACACGAGCCUGUCCAACAUCGGGGACCAGUUCGUGGAGCACCUGAAGAUGAAGUUCCUCCCGCACCCGCUGCUCAAGCAGGUCACGCUGGUGGACUCGCCCGGCAUGAUCGACUCGGUGGGCGAGGGCCGCGGCUACGACUUUGCCGAGGCCGUGCGCUGGUUCGCCGACCGGGCCGACUACGUGCUGUUCUUCUUCGACGGCGAGAAGCCCGGCACCACGGGCGAGACGCUCAAGAUCUUCACCCAAUCGCUGAGCGGCAUGGACCACAAGCUCCUCAUCCUCAUGAACAAGGUCGACACCUUCAAGAACAUCGGCGACUUUGUGCGCACCUACGGCACCCUCUGCUGGAACCUGGCCAAGGUCAUCCCCUACAAGGACAUGCCCCAGAUACACACCACCUUCGUCCCCGUCGACGACGUCUCCGGCAAGUCCCUCGCCAAGCACCGACCCGCCCCCGCCGCCCCCGCCUCCUCCUCGGGCGCCGCCGACUCGGGCUCCUCCUCCUCCUCCUCGUCAUCGUCGUCGUCGCCGGCGAUCUCCUAUCGCUCGUGGUCGCUGGCCGAGUUCGAGCGCGCCGCGGAGAAGGUCAUCAAGAAGGUGUGGAGCGCGCCCUCGCGCCACGCCGACAACAUGAUCACCGAACUCAAGCGCUACAUCGAGCACCUCCUCAUGCACGCCCAGGCACCACCUCACACCCCCUCCCCCCUCCCCUCCAUCUCCAUCGUCAGCGUCAUCAGCGCGGCCCGCAACAGGCUGUGGUGGGCGCGCAUCAAGUGGUGGGUGGGCCUCGUGUUCUUCGCCUUCUUCACCACCUUCCUCGUCUUCCACUUCAACUUUGACCCGAGCCUCCGUCGCGCGUCGCUGUUGGACGUCCUCGUGGACCCCUACGCCGGAGUGCUGCCCCUCAUGGUCGGCCUCCUCGUGCUGCUCGUGGGCGGCACCCUCCUCAUCCCCCAUCUGCUGGCGAACGCGGAGAAGGAGAUGCUCAACAACCUGCACCCCCUCUUUGAGACCGCCUACGCCAAGGAGUUGAUGGGCGCGUCCGGGGACUACUACCGCGGGCUGUGGGAGGUGGUGCGUCCGACGAGCAGGUUCGCCAUCGAGAAGUUUGGCCUCCUGUCCUUCCCCUCGCUCUCCCGCAAGCAGCAGGCGCAGCUCCACCACAUCAUGACCCACGAGGUCGAGGAGAUGCUCGACCGCGUCCACACCACCCUCCAGCUCUGA